AUGGAGUCCACCUCACCAGAACACCGAGAUGAGAAGACUUCAAGAUCUUCGCCCCAAGUUGAAGACCAUGAUGUCCUUGAAAAGAGUUUCGACGACGCAUCCUCCCAACAUGAUGCCACCAAUGCUCUCGAACGCAGUUUGACUACCGAAUCAGUCAAGUAUCCCCCAAUGAGCAAGAUCAUCCUGAUUAUGCUCGCAUUAUACAUCGCCAUGUUCCUCGUUUCCCUGGAUCGUUUAAUCGUUGGAACAGCAACACCCAAAAUUACAGACGAGUUCCACAGUGUCAACGACAUAGGAUGGUAUGGUAGCGCCUACAUGUUAACCUCAUCUGCUUCACAACUCGUCUACGGCCGAGUCUACACCUUCUACCCCGCCAAAUGGGUCUUCAUCUUGUCGAUCCUCGUAUUUGAAAUCGGAUCUGCAGUUUGUGGUGCCGCGCCCUCAUCUCUUGCCUUGAUCAUUGGCCGUGCAGUUGCCGGUCUAGGCACUGGUGGGAUCUCAGCAGGUGUAAUGGUUAUCAUUGUAUUGACAUGCCCACUUCAACAACGACCCAUGUUUCAAGGACUUGCAGGCGCUAUCUUUGGCAUUGCAUCAGUACUUGGUCCUAUCCUUGGAGGUGUUUUCACAACGCAGGUUUCCUGGAGAUGGUGUUUCUAUAUUAAUCUUCCAUUUGGCGGAGCUGCAGUAGUCGCCAUCUUCUUCCUGCUGGAUGUUCCGCCACCAAGAAACGGCAACUGGACUCUAAAGCAGAAAUUCACCCAGCUUGAUCCAGUGGGUAACUUGUUUCUCAUGCCAUGUGUUGUUUGUCUACUCCUCGCAUUGGAAUGGGGUGGCUCAACAUACGCAUGGGCGAACUGGCGGAUUAUCUUCCUUUUCAUUCUCUUCGGUGUGUUAGCUGGUGUGUUCGUUUUCACACAGAUCCGAGGUGGGGAUAGAUCGCUAGUUCCACCGCGAGUUUUCACACAGAGAUCCGUUCUAGCUGGUGUGUUUUGGACAAUGAGUACUAGUGCUGGAAUGAUGGUCAUGCUCUACUACCUCCCGAUUUGGUUCCAAGCAAUCAAGAACGUCGACGCCGAGGAAUCCGGAAUCAUGAAUCUACCACUUGUGCUCGCCAUGGUAGUUGGAACCAUUUUCUCAGGAGUUGCCGUUUCGAAAUGGGGAUACUACAAUCCAUUUAUGUAUGCCGCUGUGGUUCUACUCUCCAUCGGUGCGGGUUUGAUCCAUACAUUCAAGCCUGAUACUGGACAUUCCAAGUGGAUCGGAUAUCAAGUUAUUUUCGGUCUUGGAUUAGGGCUUGGAUUUCAGCAAGCCCAAAUCGCCGUCCAGACUUGUCUUGCCACAGUGGAUGUGCCUGUCGGAGCCUCGCUGCUUAUGUUCGCACAGCAGUUAAACGGUGCUGUUUUCCUUUCUAUUGCCGAAACACUAUUUGAGAAUAUCUUGGUGGGGAAUCUGAAGAAAGUGUCUGGAAUUAAUGCAACAAAGCUGGUCGCUGCAGGUGCUACUGCAUUUCGAGAUCUUGUUCCUGCGUCUGAGCUGAAGGAGGUGGUGAGUUCGUAUAGUGAUGCGAUUACGAGAACUUUCAUUCUUGGUAUCGUCAUGUCAUGUGUCGCAUUAUUUCCAGCAAUAGCAAUGGAGUGGAAAAGUGUAAAGAAGGAUGUGAAUAAGGAGAAGAAACAAGAAGAACAAGGGGAGAGCCAAGCUUAA